GAGCGCAUGCGCACGAGGUUGAAAAGUGUAGGUGUGCUACAUAGGGAACGCGCCGAGCUGGUAGAAAGCCCCUAUAACAGGGGAAGUGACUGCGCGCAGGCGCGGUGGCGGCGGGCUGAGAUUUAAAGGGGUAGGACCAGUGGCGGCUACUGCUGCCCCUGGGGUGGGCGGUGUUGUUGUCUCUAUUUUUUUUUAGGGGGGAAGGGGACUGCGGUACGCCUGCUCGGGAAGAUGGUUUGCGGGGGCUUCGCCUGCUCACGCAACGCGCUGUGCGCCCUGAACGUUGUUUACGUGCUGGUUGGGCUGCUGCUGAUUGGUGUGGCUGCCUGGGGCAGAGGCUACGGCAUUGUUUACAGCCUCCACAUCAUCGGCGGGGUCAUUGCUGUGGGUUUCUUCCUGCUUCUCAUCGCCAUCGUGGGGCUCAUCGGUGCUAUCAACCAUCACCAAGUCAUGCUCUUCUUUUACAUGAUCAUUCUAGGACUAGUGUUUAUUUUCCAGUUUGGAGUCUCCUGUUCAUGUCUGGCGCUCAAGAGAAGUAAACAGGAAAGUCUUUUGAGCGGUGCCUGGGAAAUGAGCAACGACACCAAGAAGUCACUGGAAAAUAGCUUUAACUGCUGUGGGCUAUUCAACAACACCGCUGAAUUCAAGGCUGAUGUUGAAUUGUGCAAUGCAGCAUGCACAAAAUCAAGAGGCGGGUGCGUCAGUUGUGGAGAUGUGAUGAUGGAACAUGCAGGCGAGGCCUUGAAAAUCCUUGGUGGAGUUGGACUUUUCUUCAGUUUCACAGAGAUUCUCGGAGUUUGGCUUGCCAUGCGCUACAGAAACCAGAAAGAUCCCAGAGCCAACCCCAGUGCCUUUUUAUAGAACAUUACCAUUUUCUUCCUCUUCCCUUACCAUCUUCUUUGCCUCCUGUGUGGUGUUCCUUUUAAUUAGCUGCACGUCCCAUAUUCAAGAGAUCCAACUUCCAUCACUCAAGAACAAAGCAGUGUGUGCAGUGAUGUGAGGGAGCUGGGCCUUUGCCAUUGUGCCAAAUUGCUGAUUGGAUGAAAUAGUAGAGCAAAGGCUGCAUCCUUGACAUGAAGCCUUUGGCAGCUGGCAAAGAUGACCGGGUUUUUUUUAAAAGGAGUCAUUAGUUGGUAUCAAGAAAGAUGCCCUACACUCAUAUCUUGGCAAAGUCAUUUAUACAAGUGCAGCUCAUAGCUACAAUCACUCGUGUAUUUUUAAAACUUGUAGUUUGGGUCAUUGUCUUGAAUGAGGGGGUUGUUGUUUAAGGCAUGGGGUGGAAACCUGUGGCCUACCAGCUGUUGCUAGACUCCAUUUCGUAUCAUCCCUCACCAUUGGUCAUGCUGGGUGGGGCUCAUGGGGGCUGGAGCUUAAUAACAUUGGGAGAGCCACAGCUUCCUCACACUUGCUUUUAAAGCUGCUCCUCUGCCUUCAUCUUGCCAGGGCGAAGUGCUCUGCCCCAUUGUGGGCACAGAGGACAUGGUGCUUCUACCAUAAAACUGCAUUUCAUAGAACAUGUCUGCCCUUCACACAGUUUCAGUGUGGUCUACUCGUACAGUAGACAUGAGUGCCACAUGAAACAAUUCUAAGAGAAAUUUCAAUUUUCAGCUUUGGUGGCUUUUUAGAAGUUUUUUUUUAAAUCCCUGAAUUGAAAUUUGCCUGAAUUCCUGACUUAAUCAUAUGUGCAGGUUCUCUCUUUCUGAGGUGAAAGCAGAGGCCUGUGUAAACCUGUUCAGAGAACUGGAUCAUUCAAAGUUUACAUCUAUUGUACACAUUUUUAAGCUGGCUUGAAAGUGGUUUCUCUGAUGACUUGUUCCAAAGGAACAAGGAGGACUAGAAUAUUGUCCGUCUAUUGAGAUGCAGAUUCCUGGUCCCUUUGCAGUCCUGCUUUCCCUGUGGUUCCUUACUUAGUGAAACAGGCUUGAAGCUGCUGUAUGCUUCCAGUGUAUAUAUGCUCUCUUCAGGCUUUUCUCCCUGUAUUGAUACACAAGGAUGCAUAUGGGAAUCUGUAGGUAGCUCCAGGAGGGGUGUUUCAAGUCCUAGCACACUUACUGAACGUCCCUGCAGCUACUGCUAAUCUAGGGCUACUGUCAUUUUGAAAGACAGUCAUGUAGUUCUAGAUCAGCAGUAAGAAGAGAAGCUGUAACCGCAAUUCUGCUGAAUACUGAAAUACUGCAAAUUUGUGCCAAGUUCCUUCUCUGCUAGUGCUCUAGAUUGAUGGCAUAGGAAGCAACUCUGCUGGGCUGCGGGUACUUUCUUUUUUUUCCUUUUGAAAACCCAUCUUGCCUGAUUUAGGGGGAAUUACGUAGUUUUCUUCCAAUAGGGUGUUACCAACUUCUUCCCCAACAAUGGAGGAUUAAUGCAUAUUCACUAGUGGAGAUCUUAGCAGCCCACAAAGGACUCCUUUUGAUACCCAAGGAGCCUCCUCCAUGAGAGAAGAUUAGCAUGCCUUCAGACUUCUACCUUUCAUCUAUUCCCUUAACCAUCAACGCAGUUGGGUACACACCCACAGUCCCUUAUUGAAUGCUAGCACUUGGCUGAGUAGCAUUCUGGUAAUUUGGCUUUCUGAUGCCUUUAAGAAAGGGGGGGGAAGCUUAUGGGGAAAAUUUGGCCCAGUGCAGACAUAAUACUAAGCUAAACCAUGGCUUAGGGCAGGGCAACCCAUAGCCCACCAGAUGUUGAACAUCUCCCAUUUGCCCUUGCCAGCAUUGCUGAUUGUCAGAGAUGAUGGGAGUUCUAGUCAAGCAACAUGUAGAUGCCCACAGGUUCCUCAUGCCUGAUUUAAUGUGAACGAGCAAACAUACAAGUUCACAAAGUAAAGUUUGUGGCUACAGCACUCCUGUGGUGCUACCCAGGGCUAAACCAUGGUUUCACCUAGUGCCAUCUCCAAACCCAGGCUCAACACACAAGCCAAGAACAAACUUUGGUUAAAAGCUCAGGGGUUUGUCUGGAGCGAGAUAAACCACAAGCCCAGGUUCAUAUACUAAGCCAAACCAUGGUUUAGCCCUGGAAAUAGCACAGCAAUCACAAACUUUGGUCCAGGACCCCUAUCAUUCAUGAUAAGCCAUGGUUUGGCUUAGCAUUACAUGCAAACCCAGUUUAUAUACUGCACCCUUGUGACAGUUCCAAGUAUAACAGGCACCAUGCUAUUUAUAGAUAAAUGGGUGAAGUCUUAGUGGGGACAGGGGCACCUUUUUGCAUACAAGUACCUAAGGCAGGAAGAAUUCAGUUAGCAGCUUCCACAAAAACAGCUGAAGUAGGAAUGUUCUGAUUAGGUCCUAUAACAAAGCUGCAGCAGGCAGUAUGACUUUUUCUUACAGCUAGUUACCGGCUUGAGCCAAUCCCAAUAGGUGAUAACACAGUAUUAAAAAAAGCUAUAGGCUAUAAUGCUGUGUGCUACCUUCUCAAAAGAGUAGUUAGAAGGGGGCAUAUUCUCUUAUACAAGGCUACUGAUGCCACUCUCUUGAGCUAGAGUCCCAGUUAUUGGGGCUCAUCAGAGCAAGCUAAACAUGCACUUUAUCUAGGGUAUAUAUAAGCACAUAAAAAUUGCUGUGACUUAUAGCCAGGUAGUAUUACAAGCAGGUCUGUCAUCCCGGUCACUUUAGAGGAAGGGCUCGACAAAUGCUCAGCCACACAGAGAUAGGCAAGCUUUAAUGGGGGAGGGGGGAAUUCUUUCAAUGCUGCCAAUUUGCCAGAGACUAUCCUUGCCUUGUACUUGGUGGUAGGGAAAAAAAGAGCGGAAUGGACUUAGUAACAUCUUUGAAAGAGAGAGACAAUGCUCAGUUCACAUCACCAGAUGGCUUUAAAAUCUAUAUCCUCAUACCAUCAUGUCCACCUGGACUGCUGCCAUUGUAGAGUGACCAUUUGAAUAAAAUACAUUUCUCUCAAA